AUGAGCAUAAGCGUUUACAAGAACAAAAUAUUCAACACCAAGGAUGUGGUCGAUGUAUGCAUACACCAGAGGCACCUGAAGCUGGAGCCGUCCAGCUUUAAGGAUUCCGUUUAUAAAUUGAACGAGCAUAAAAUAAGUGUAGACCAUUUAGAAAAGAGAGAUGGAUCGUUCAUCAGUCGGGAGGACGUAAAUGUAGGGGGGGAAGAAGGUCCAAAAGAAAGAGGGCAGACCGGGCAAGGAAAAUCCCUCACUUAUCACAUGGACGAAUUGAAAUGCUUGUACUUUUUUUUUCUCAUAAAUAUGCUAAGAUUUAAAAACAGUUUGGAUUUAAAUUUGAUAAGGAGCGUUUGCUCCUCGAUCAACAGCACUACGGAGUGUACUUGCGGGGUGGAGGGGUCAUGUUCCUCAUCAAUUACUUCGCCGGCCAGUGCAAUAUUACCAGGGGGACGCCCCCACAGUGAAGUACUAAAACAGUUCUUCAUUUCGAAUUUGAAAAAAUGUGCCAAAUUGGAAUACAACCUGAACGACUUCAACACGUGUAUAAGUGUUGUGUUAGAAAACUGUAGCAUAGUUUUUUUAAAUGCCUACAAAACGGUGUUCCUGUGCAAGUACCUGACCUGUUGCCUGUGCAACGUUCUGGAGUUAUUUCAAAUAAACUGUGACGUCCUAUUUAAGAACGCCUUUAACAAUAACGUGAAUAAUAGUAACAUACAGUCAAUAAAUGAGCUGAUAAGUAAGAUCAAAUGGAUGACACACGAUUCUAAGGUGGAGAAGAAUAAGGAGUUGUCCAAAAAAUUCGGUGCAAACUUGUUGUUAUUCGUUUAUACGCAAAGUAAAUUAAGGGACGACGGUGAAUACUUUAUGUACCUAAUAAAUCAAAAUUUUAAAAACAGCAUAGAUAGCUAUAGAAGUGAAUACACCGAUCAGAUGAAUUCUUUAAAUAGCUAUAUCACCAUGUUGAGCAAAAAUAUGAAUGACACGCUUACGGUGCAUAUUAAGAAUGUGCUUGACAUUACAGCGAAAGUGGUGCCAUUAUUUGUUGGGAAGAUGAACGAAUUUGUUAAGGCGAAUGAAGAAAUUGUGCAGGAGCACGCAGAUUUGAAGAAGCCCCUGUCGAACGGAUUUAUACUGCUAGAUGAGUCCGCAGCAGAGGGAAGCACCUCAUCAGGUUCAAUUCUGUCCCAGCUGUAUGAAGAGAAAUAUUUAAAGAGCAUCGAGGAGAGGUUCCACCAGAUGGAGUUCCCGAACGAGUUGCAAAAGUUUAGCGAAAUGAACAGCAUAUUUUGCGAGCUACUAAUUCUUCUGACGGAUAUUAUUAUUCAGACGAACAUUAUGUACGACAUAAAGGCGUAUAACAAAGCGCUAGCACAAGUGUUGAAAAAUAAGAAAGUGUCUGGUGGAGUACACCAUAUAGGGGUGGGGUGUAUUGAGUUUAAGAAUUUUCUCUACUCCGUGAUGGCAGAAGGGGGAGGUUCCCAAUUGGGCACGUCCAAACCAACAGAGGGGGAAGUAAACCAAAUGAUACCUAUGAGUGGAAACAAAAUUGUUAUAAAUAAUUCCUUCCCUUCGUUAAGGAGAAAGUUAAAUGUGUACAAAUUGGAUGAACAGAUAGAGCAAGUACUAAUCCAGAAAAAUAUAAAUUUUAAUUUGAAAGUUCCGAAAGGUGCUAAAGACUUUACAGGAGAAGAUAUGCAAUUGAGAAAUAUUUUUUUCGAUUUUGUAAAGAAGAAGUUUUUACUACACGGGGCAGUAGAAAUAGAUACGCCCAUUUUUGAACUGAAGGAAACCCUAACAGAUAAAUAUGGAGAAGACUCCAAAUUAAUAUUCGAUUUGAAGGAACAAGGAGGGGAAAACCUAUCCCUUAGGUAUGAUUUAACUGUUCCUUUAUAUCGCUUUGUUAAUACAAAUAAUUUGAAUUGUCUGAAGAGGUUCCAUAUAGGAAAAGUGUACCGGAGAGAUGAACCGAGCAUGAACAGAGGCAGGUUUAGAGAAUUCUACCAAUGCGAUUUUGACAUCGUAGGGAAGUAUGAUACAAUCCGUACUGACUUUCACAUUCUGUUCAUAUUCUGGGAUAUUUUAAAUAACUUAAAAAAGGUGAUUGGUAAUUUUAACUGCAAAAUAAAUCACAGAAAAAUUUUAGAAUAUAUGCUUCUCUCCAGUAAUAUUCACAAAGAUAAGGUAAAAACGAUUUCCAGCAGUAUAGACAAACUGGACAAAAUAACGUUUCAGCAAUUUAGGGAUGAGUUAUUAAAUGAGAAAGGAAUCCCCGUCGAGUCGGUAGAUAAAAUAGAAACUUACAUUUCCAAGACGUUAAGUUUGUCCCCUUUUUUGGUCAUCGAAUUUUUGAGAAACGAUUUAAGUGAAUCCCCUUUUGAGGAAUCUUACAAAAAUGAAGUGUAUCAAGUUAUAAACCAUUUAGAGGAAAUUUUUGAGCUGUUAAAAUAUUUUAAUAUGCUCAAUCAAUUUUCCUUUGAUUUAUCUCUCGCUAGGGGGUUGGAUUACUACACGGGGAUUAUAUUCGAAUUUGUUCUCCUGUCUGAGACGGGAGUAGGAAGUGUAGCUGCGGGGGGCAGGUAUGAUUACUUGAUAAGGAAUAAGCGAAAGGAGUACAUCCCAUCCGUUGGCGCUUCUGUUGGUAUCGAGCGGAUCAUUGCCAUUGCUGAGGGGGUGGUAAAGAAGGGUGGCUUGCUUCUGUCACCAGAGGAUGGGGGGGCACUUCUUUCACCUAAGAAGGAGGUAACGGUGGAGGAUUCUCCCCUCGGGAAGGUUGCUUCACCGGGAAAUAUAGCCCCUCAGGGGAAUGUCUCUUCCCCCGCCUUACCCCUGAAGGACAACUCCGUAGAUGUCCUCAUAUGUAAUAUCAAGAAAAACUGCUUUAAAGAGACCAUCGAACUGUGUAAGAAGUUGUGGGAAGAGGACAUAUCCACGGAAUUUAUAUACGUGAAAGACCAGAAGAUACAGAAGCAGCUGGUUUACGCCUUGGAGAAGCAGAUUCCCCUGGCGGUUAUAAUUGGCGAUGAAAUUGAAAGGGGCGUCAUCAAACUACGAGAGCUGACACAGGACAAGGAGAAGUCGGCUGGCGAACGGGAAAUCAAGCUAGGAGAUUGUGUGCAGGAGAUAAAAAGUUACUUCAGGGAUAACCUGACCUGGAAGCAGAGCGUCACGAAGGCUUUGUUUGGCCGACCGGCAUUAUAG